GCGUCUCUUAAGGUGCUGAAUGCUCGGGACGGUGUCGAAAGAACAGGAAUAAACCGCAGCUCUCAGUUGACUCCGUUCAGACUGGGUCUGCUCUCCCUGCAGGACCGAAGAUGGCUGCAUGGUCUUCUAAUAAAAAAUGGACCGUUCUCUGUUUUCUGCUGUGGAUCACCGUCACGUGCAUGCUUUAUCAAAACCAGACAACAUUUCGUUACAUAAAGACUUUUUUGGAUAAUUCCACCGGUUUCCUGUCCUCAAAAACUUGUGCCUGUCAGAAAUGUUUAACAGACUAUCAUCCGUGGUUUUUGGAGCGCUUCAACAAAUCUGUGAAUCCCUUUUUGACGAGAGAAAACAGUCUCUCGUCAGAGGCCUACAACUGGUGGAAGAAUUUACAGAAUGAUCACGCCGGCUUCACCGGCUACCGACAAGUAGAAGAGAAACUGUUCGGUACUUUUCCAAUCGGUGCCGAUUUCGUGGACCCCCGGCCUGAUCGCUGCAGGACUUGUGCUGUGGUGGGGAACUCGGAUAAUCUGAAGGGCUCCCGCUAUGGACCCAUGAUUGAUAUUAAUGAUGUCGUCAUCAGAAUGAACGGCGCUCGCACCAAAGGAUUUGAGGCUGAUGUGGGGAGCAGAACAACGCUUCACGUCAUGUAUCCAGAGAGUGCGGUGGAUUUGGCCAACACGACCCAUCUGGUGCUGUUUCCUUACAAGACGCCGGAUAUCCGAUGGCUCAUCAGUGCCUUAACCACAGGAUCUCUUAAAUUCAUGUCAUACAAGCAAGCAAAAGCAAGGAUAACAGCUAACAAAGAUUUGGUAAUGGUUCUCAACCCAGCUUUCAUGAAAUAUGUUCAUGAAAAAUGGUUGGAAAAGCAUGGCAGUUAUCCAUCCACUGGCAUUCUGACAUUGGUGCUUAGCCUACACAUCUGUGAUGAGGUCAAUGUGUUCGGGUACGGAGCAGACAAAGACGGAAACUGGAACCACUAUUGGGAAGUAAUCGAAAGUAAACAUCACAGAAGCGCACAACAUAACAGAAACUAUGAGUAUAAUCUUCUCACGGAGCUCUCUGAUCAUGAAAAACUCCAGAUGUUUAGAGGAUGAUGAUUUCUCUCUCUCUCUCCCUCUUUCACAAAGUUGUAAACUUGUGUCUGACACUAAUUUAAUUAAUUGAGUAAAAGAGUAAUUGUUUUUAAUAUGCAAUACACCAAUGCUAGUAGUUUGUUAAAGGUGCAAGUAGCUAAGAUAUGGCGGACGUUUUGGCCCUGCAGAAAGCUAUGGGUGACAUGACAGACGCCAUGCUCGUGUUUCUGUAGCAUCUAUGGGAAAGAGCCCGCAGCGAUGGGAAAUUCCGACUGCUGGAUGGCUGCAAAAAGCAGGAUUUUCAACCUGUUUCAUACCUCUUUGAAUGUGAACUAUAGCACUAUUAGCAUUUAAAAAAUAUAUAUUUUUUGUACUGAUUGUCUAAUUUAAAGCAAGGAUAACUCAUGAACAAAUUCUCACUUCCAUCGUGCGUUGUCAAAGUAAAUAUGAUGGUGGAAAUAACAUUUUGUCAACUUCUCACGCCAAAGAUCUCAGCGGCUGUUAUAGGAUCAGGUUUGGGUAUAGCAUUACUUGUACACAAAAUGCACUAUUUAAAGGAAAUAAGAACUGUGUGGAAAGGACGCUCGAUGUAAUUAUUCUCUGGAAAUUUACAUUGAUAUUUACCCACCUAUCUCCAUAUGGGUUCAUUGAUCGCGUACCAUUAAUUUGUAUUUGUCUUGAUGUUUACUUUUCAAAACACUCAGUGAAAUUGUCCUUUCACUUCAUCUGUGUCUUCUCUUGCCACUGUCUGUUUUCAUGGUAACCAAGUAAGCACACUUUCAAAACCCAGCGAUACAAUUGUUGUGAAAAUGACAGUGACUCUGAAAGACACGUGCUCUUUAAGUAAAAAAUAUUGGAAAGUACUAACAUAUUUGCAAAUGUCCGAUAUAUUUGAUUACUGGGCGUUCAUCUGUCAUUUGCAUCUGAAGUUUUUAAUUAGUAUUUUAAAUUGAAAUGAACAAAGGCUGAAUAUUUAAAGUCUGGCCUGGGGGACAAGACCUAUGUGGUAUAUAUAAAUACAGAUGUAGGGGGGAAAAAACUUUAAUUAAUUUUUUUCCUACAUUUAUCUUAAUAUUCUGCUCCUCAUUUGUUGAGCACUUUUGUCAACACCAGUGACGGUUUCUGGGGAAAAACAGAACAAAAAAAAACCCGCUAAAUAUAUAUAUAUAUAUCAUACACAGACACACACACAAUAUCCAUCCAUCCAUCUGGUAUGUAAAUAAGAUGAGAUUGUAGGAUUAUUUCACAAAUAUAGGUGUCAAGUGUAAAGUCGGUAUGGUACAAAGAAAAAAAUUAAAAUAACAACAAAAAAAAAAAUCAAAUUUUAUCUAAGGACACAGCAGGGGUCAAGAGUUGCAGAAUCGCCCACAUAUAAGCAACUGUCAAUAUAUUUGCUAUCAUCUCCUCUCACUGGUGUUGCCACAUUACAAUUAAACCACAACGCUGCAUUUUCAUGCUAAUAAUUACCCCGAAUAAUAGGGCGGUACAUGGAUGUCCAGUAUUUGAUGAAGCACUGUUUUUUUUUACAUCUUCCACAUGUUCUCCUUGUGUUGCACUCACUGUGAACAAGUCAAAGGUCUGAUGUAAGAAAAUGGACAUGCCAAAAUGUCUCCAGGGCACAGCACGGUGUGGUGAAAUUGUCAGCACUUAAAGGGACAGUUCACCCCAAAAUCAAAAAUACACAUUUGUCCUCUUACCUGUAGUGCUAUUUAUCCAUCUGGCUCAUUUUGGUGCGAGUUGCCGAGUUUUUGGAGAUAUCGGCCGUAGAGAUGUCUGCCUUCUCUCGAACACAAUGGAACUGGAUGCCACUCGGCUUGUGUUGCUCCAAGCGCCCAAAAA